AUGUCUCUCGCGCGCGCUAUCACCGAGAAGCAGCCGGUCCCGGAGAUCGACUUCACAUUACAUCAGAUGGAAGAUGGGACACAAGUGUCCACCAUGGAACGGGUAGUCAAGGAGGUCCAAGCGCCAGCCUUGAGCACUCCGUCUGAUGAGUCCUUCUGGUCCUCCGAAGACCCGUCGAAGCCCGAUCUUCAGUUUCUCAAGCAACAUCUGUAUCGCGAAGGCCGCUUGACUGAGGACCAGGCGCUAUGGAUCAUCCACGCCGGUACCGAAGUUUUGCGAUCGGAGCCCAAUCUCCUCGAAAUGGACGCCCCAAUCACCGUCUGCGGCGAUGUUCACGGACAGUAUUACGAUCUGAUGAAAUUAUUCGAGGUUGGCGGUGACCCGUCCGAGACACGAUAUCUAUUUUUGGGCGAUUAUGUCGACCGUGGGUACUUCAGUAUCGAGUGUGUUUUGUAUCUCUGGGCAUUGAAGAUUUGGUAUCCGGACUCGCUUUGGCUGUUGCGGGGUAACCAUGAGUGUCGCCACCUGACAGACUACUUCACAUUCAAGUUGGAGUGCAAACACAAGUACAGCGAGCGAAUUUAUGAGGCCUGUCUUGAGUCAUUCUGUUCUCUGCCGCUGGCGGCUGUGAUGAACAAGCAGUUCCUUUGCAUUCACGGUGGUCUCAGUCCGGAGCUGCAUACUCUGGAGGACAUUAAAGCUGUCAGUCACCUUUCAUCGCAAUUCGUCUUCUGCCGUAACAAGCUAACAUUUGGACAGAUCGAUCGCUUCCGAGAGCCCCCAACGCACGGGCUGAUGUGCGACAUUCUCUGGGCCGAUCCACUGGAGGAGUUCGGGCAAGAAAAGUCGGGCGACUUCUUCGUUCACAAUAGCGUCCGUGGUUGUUCGUACUUCUUUUCGUAUCCCGCAGCAUGCGCCUUCCUGGAAAAGAACAACCUGCUCUCGAUUAUUCGCGCGCACGAAGCACAGGAUGCCGGAUACCGCAUGUACCGAAAGACACGAACAACCGGAUUCCCUAGUGUGAUGACCAUUUUCAGCGCUCCCAACUAUCUCGACGUAUACAACAAUAAGGCGGCUGUUCUCAAAUAUGAAAACAAUGUCAUGAACAUCCGCCAAUUCAACUGCACCCCGCACCCAUACUGGCUGCCAAACUUCAUGGACGUUUUUACCUGGUCUCUUCCAUUCGUUGGUGAGAAGAUUACCGAUAUGAUGAUCGCCAUUCUCAACACCUGCUCUAAGGAGGAAUUGGAUGAAGAGACCCCUACUGACGAGACUCCAUCUGGCCCUGCCUCACCCCCAAUGCCUAUGGACACCGAGAGCACCGAGUUCAAGCGCCGUGCUAUCAAGAACAAGAUCCUUGCUAUUGGACGUCUUUCCCGUGUCUUCCAGGUUCUUCGUGAGCAGUCCGAGAGUGUGACCGAAUUGAAGACUGCGGCUGGAGGCCGUCUCCCUGCAGGUACCCUCAUGCUUGGCGCCGAGGGCAUCAAGCAAGCUAUCCACAACUUCGAGGAUGCCCGUAUGGUUGAUAUCCAAAAUGAGCGCUUGCCCCCCACCCAGGAGGAGGUGAUCAAGAGUACCGAAGAAAACCGCCGGGCGGCUAUGGAGCGUGCGGAGCAUGAAGCCGCCAACGAUAAGGAGCUGGCAGGCGUUGCUCGACGAAUCAGCAUGUAA